AUGGCACAGCCCUACACUCACAUCCUCGACUUCUGGUUCAGCCCCAAAUCCUCCCCAACCUACCUCAAAGAGAAAUCCUUCUGGUACGGCAGCCCAUCCGACGACGCCCACGUCCGGCAUCACCUUAACGCAGACUACGAAUCCGCCCAAUCCGGCUUCCUAGACGACUGGCAACAUCAUGGCGAGGGCGAGGGUGCACUAGCCUUAAUUCUACUUCUCGACCAGGUCCCCCGGAAUAUCUUCCGAGGUUCACCGCGGGCGUAUGCCACGGAUAAUAAAGCCGUGGCCGUGGCGCGGUAUGCUGUGCUGGACCGUGGGUGGGAUCGUAAUUUGCCAACGAUUCAGAGGAGGUAUAUGUACUCACCGUUCAAUCAUUCUGAGGAUAUUAGGGAUCAGGAGGUGUCGGUGAGGUUAUUCACGGAGUUGGGGGAGGGGCAUCAUUUACAUUGGGCGAGGGGUUUUUACGAGCAGGUUAAACGGGAUGGGAGGUUCAAGCAUAGGGAUGCGGUGUUGGGGAGAAAGUAA